GUUAAGUAUUUAUUGCAAUCAACCAUGUACGCACGUCUUAAAAGUUUGGAAACUCCCGCCGACUUUGAGUUUCCGUUUGCUCCUUAUACUAUACAAAAACAGUUAAUGCAGGAGUUGUUCGAGAUUUUGGAAAACAAACAGAUCGGCAUAUUCGAAAGCCCAACUGGUACAGGAAAAUCUUUAACAUUAACUUGUGCUGCUCUCAAAUGGUUGGAACAACAUGAAAAUCAUGUUCGACGUGAAAUUCAAGAACGUUUAGAUGAAGUAGGCCGUGAUUUGAUUCAUUGCGAAAAGGAAAAUCGUGAGGCAAUAGAUUGGUUUAGCUUGCAUUCAAAAAGUCACGAAAAACGCCGUCAGUUAUUAGAACUUAAGGAUAUGAAAAAAUUAUUGGAUGAGUAUGAUCAAAGGUUAGCAGCUAUAAAAGAAAACGAAAACAUUGUGAAUUAUAGUAACAAAAAAACAAGAAACAAAUUAAACCAAAUUUCUAUGCCUGAUAUUGGGGACACUGAAGAAAAUCUUUAUAGCCUAGAUGAAGCUGCAGCUGACGAAUCAGUGGACACUGAGGGAUUGAAAACUUCACAAUCAUAUCAGAACGUACAAAUAUUCUUUUGCAGUCGUACGCAUGCUCAAUUGGCUCAAGUAAUGAAAGAAAUUAAACGUACUCCUUAUGGACGACGAGUACGCUGUUUGUCGCUGGCCUCGCGUCAACAAUUAUGUAUUAAUCCACAGGUACGUAAACUGAACAAUUCUUCGAUGAUAAAUGAACGUUGUUUAGAUUUAGCCAAGGAAAACAAAGGUAGCACCAAAGUCACUGCUUCAGAUGGUAAUGGUUGUGCUUGUAAGAAGGCCAGCGUUUCUCCAAAAUCUUCAAAGGGUGGAUGCCCUUACAAAGCACAAACUUUAGUGAAAAACUUAAGCGAACUCGCUGUGAUGAACAAUUUUGAUAUUGAAGACUUGGUUCAAGAAGGUGAACGCUUGCAAACUUGUCCUUAUUAUGCCGCACGCUCCUCCGUACCAAUAGCUCAAAUAGUUUUGCUGCCGUAUCAAUUACUUUUUAAUCACAAGUCCCGUGAUCAAAUCGGCAUAAAUUUAAAAGGCAAUAUCAUAAUAAUCGAUGAAGCUCAUAAUCUAUUGGACACAUUAGCAGAAAUGUAUAGUUGUGAGAUAAGUUUAGAACAACUUGCAACACUACAGCAACAAAUGCAAUCAUAUAAAUUACGCUACGCAAACAAGUUUAGUUCUGCAAAUCUUUUAUACAUCAAUCAACUACUCUUCGUUAUCAAAAGACUUAUAAAGUUACUGAAACCAUCACAAAGCCCCGUUUCUAAAACGAAUCAUCGCAUGAUUUGCACAUAUGAACUAAUGUCGGAAGGAGAUUUUUUCAAUAUUGAUCUCUAUCAACUACUGCAGUUCUGCGAGCGCACGCGUUUUGCCCAAAAACUGCAAGGAUUCAUCAAGAAACUUGAGGAAACACCACGACCUAAAGAAAAUCAAUUCCCUGGAAGCUCCACUGUAGAUAUCUUAAAACGAUUAGAAAGAAAACAGCAAAUUGAAGGAAAUAAGAAGAACUUAGAAUCACAUGCUCUCACUCAGGAAGAUGAAGCUGUUCAGGCCAAAGUACCGCAAGAGAAAAAAAGCUUUAUUACGUCUUUGCCCAUAAGAUUUUUGAUCACCUUUCUAGAGGCGCUUAUUGAAAAAGCCGAAGAUGGCCGCAUUUUAAUUAAAAUUGAAGAUAAAUCGUCUAAGGAUGUUUGUCAUCAAUCUGGAUUUAAAUAUAUUCUUUUGAACCCGGGCGCUCAUUUCAAAUAUAUUGUAAAAGAAGCGAGGGCUAUUAUUGUUGCCGGGGGUACCAUGCAACCCACCUUUGAGCUUACAGAGCAAUUGUUUAGUUCUUGUCCAGAACGUGUAAAGCUACAUUUCUAUGAUCACGUAGUGUCAAGUGACGCUGUAUUACCUUUUGCAAUUACACAAGGACCAAGCGGUAAAAAUUUAUGUUUUAAUUAUUCUCAGAGAGCUAAGGUAGAAGCGCUCUCGGAUAUAUCUGCUAUACUGGAAAAUCUUUGUAAUGUUGUGCCGGCUGGUUUGGUAUGUUUUCUGCCCUCAUAUGAUUAUUUGGAUACGAUUUACAAUCACUUACAAACGUGCGGUGCUUUAGAACGCAUCUCCAAGAGAAAACGUGUAUUUAAAGAAUCUCGAAGUUCAACGAAUAAAGAGAAUUGCAGCGUAGAAGAGCUAUUAGAUAAGUAUGCAAGUUCCAUAAUGAUUCAACGUGAAGGUGCUUUACUAUUAAGCGUCGUGGGUGGAAAGCUUAGCGAAGGUCUGAAUUUUAGUGAUGACUUAGGACGUGGUGUUAUAGUAGUCGGAUUACCGUAUCCGAAUCGGCAAGCACCCGAAAUGCAAGAACGUCUUAAAUACCUGGAUAGUACUUUGGGCUCUGGCUCGGGUAACGAGUAUUACGAAAAUCUUUGCAUGAAAGCGGUAAAUCAAUGCAUAGGACGCGCCGUACGACAUAUUGGCGAUUUCGCUUGCGUUUACCUCGUCGAUGUACGUUAUGCUAAUCAGAAUAUUCAAACAAAAUUGCCGCAAUGGAUUUCGCGUCACCUACAAGUAACAACAAGCUAUGGCCAAGUACAAGCGAGAACUGUAAAAUUUUUUAAAACAAAAAACAAGAAUUGAUUCCUUGCGCUAUUUACUUGAUUUCUUCUUAAGGUAAAUUUUUUCCACAGAGGAAGUUAAUGAUAUUGCUCAGGACAUUGUAUUUUCACCUCGUAAUAUUCUGGCAAUGUAUGCUGUGUUUAGAACAAUAGUAUAACAUGCCGCUUUUGUACUACAUUAUUUUCAUAUUCAUAGUUUUUUGAAAGCUUAGUAUCCAAUAGUUUUUUGGUAUUAUUUGGUAAGAAAAAGUACACGAAUCGAUAUAAAUCUAAACAAAA